AUGUAUUUUUGUGAAAUAACCAAAAUUCUGUUUAAAGAAUUGAUAAUUAUCUUCCUUUCUUAUUAUAAUGAAAUAUUAUAAGGAAAGGUAUUCUUUUUUAUCAUUAAUUUAUAUAUAUUAGUAAUUAAGUUAAAAAUUUAUAGACCUUCUUAAUCAUUAAUAUUAAAUAAAUUAGAUGCAUAUUCAGCAAAAUAUGAUGAAUAUCUAUUGCAGUAGGAAUUGGAAUUUAUAUUGAGUAAUAAAGUUAAGCAAUCGAAAUUUAAAUACCUUAUUUUAUUAUUCUCUUCGCUCUUAAUUUACAAUAUUUAUCCUUAAUUUUUAAAGAAUUGA